AUGUCGUCCCCAGCAAAGACCCCUUCCGCCACCGCGGCGCGAAGGAUACAUGCCACCGCCAACCACCUCCGUCCUGCCGCCGCAGCCCUCGAGAGCACCGCGACCAGCUAUCCUACCACCCACGACAAGAUCGUCGACGUCAAGGACACUCCUUGGUUCAUCGACAACAAGUUCGUGACCUCCUCCACCACCCAGUACAUCGACCUCCACGAUCCCGCCACCAACAACCUCGUCACCCGCGUGCCCCAAAACACCGAUGAGGAGCUCAAGGCCGCCGUCGCCUCGGCCCAGAAGGCCUUUGAGUCGUGGAGGAACACCAGCGUUCUCCACCGUCAGGCCAUCAUGUUCAAGUUCGUUGGUCUGAUCCGCGAGAACUGGGACCGUCUCGCCGCCAGCAUCACCCUCGAGCAAGGCAAGACCUUUGCCGACGCCAAGGGCGACGUGCUCCGCGGUCUGCAAGUCGCCGAAGCCGCCUGCGCUGCUCCCGAGCUUCUCAAGGGCGAGGUCCUCGAAGUGGCCAAGGACAUGGAAACGCGCAGCUACCGAGAACCCUUGGGCGUCGUGGCCGCCAUCUGCCCCUUCAACUUCCCCGCCAUGAUUCCCCUCUGGUGCAUCCCCAUCGCCACCGUGACAGGCAACACGCUCAUCCUCAAGCCCUCGGAGCGCGACCCGGGCGCGGCCAUGAUUCUGGCGGAACUCGUCCAAAAGGCCGGAUUCCCCGAGGGCGUCGUCAACAUUGUCCACGGCGCCCACCGCACCGUCAACUUCAUCCUCGACGAGCCCGCCAUCAAGGCCAUCUCGUUUGUCGGCGGCAACAAGGCAGGCGAGUACAUCUUUGCCCGCGGCUCCGCCAACGGUAAGCGCGUGCAGGCCAAUCUGGGCGCCAAGAACCACGCCGCCGUCCUGCCCGACUGCAACAAGAACCAGUUUCUCAACGCCGUCGUGGGCGCCGCUUUCGGUGCCGCCGGCCAGCGCUGCAUGGCUCUGUCGACCCUCGUCAUGGUGGGCGAGACCAAGAACUGGCUUCCCGAGCUGGCUGAGCGCGCCAAAGCGCUCAACGUCAACGGCGGGUUUGAAGAGGGCGCCGACUUGGGACCCGUCAUUAGCCCGCAAAGCAAGGAACGCAUUGAGUCCCUGAUUGCCUCGGCCGAGCAAGAGGGCGCCACCAUUCUGCUGGACGGCCGCGGCUACAAGCCCGCCAAGUAUCCCAACGGUAACUGGAUUGCUCCCACCAUCAUCUCCAACGUCACCCCUAGCAUGAAAUGCUACCGCGAAGAAAUCUUUGGUCCUGUCCUCGUCUGCCUCAACGUCGAGACACUAGAUGAAGCCAUCGAGCUGAUCAACAGCAACGAAUACGGCAACGGUGUCGCGAUCUUUACUCGCUCUGGCCCAACGGCUGAGACCUUCAGGAGACGCAUUGAGGCGGGCCAGGUGGGUAUCAAUGUGCCGAUUCCUGUGCCUCUGCCCAUGUUCAGCUUCACGGGCAACAAGAAGAGUAUUGCGGGGGGAGGAGCGAGUACGUUUUAUGGAAAGCCGGGAGUCAACUUUUAUACGCAGCUUAAGACGGUGACGGCGCAUUGGGCGGCGCAGGACGCGAUUGGACAGAAGGCGGAUGUGGCUAUGCCUACGCAUUCGUAG